AUGGUUGUCAAUGAUGAUUGUAGUAUUGGUCCCUUUACGGUUGUCAAUGAUGAUUGUAGUAUUGGUCCAUUUACGGUUGUCAAUGAUAAUUGUAGUAUUGGUCCAUUUACGGUUGUCAAUGAUGAUUGUAGUAUUGGUCCAUUUACGGUUGUCAAUGAUGAUUGUAGUAUUGGUCCAUUUACGGUUGUCAAUGAUGACUGUAGCAUUGGUCCAUUUACGGUUGUCAAUGAUGAUUGUCGUAUUGGGCCAUUUAAGGUUGUCAAUGAUGAUUGUAGUAUUGGUCCAUUUUCGGUUGUCAAUGAUGAUUGUAGUAUUUGUCCAUUUACGUUUGUCAAUGAUGACUGUAGUAUUGGGCUUUUACGGUUGUCAAUGAUAAUUGUCGUAUUGGGCCAUUUACGGUUGUCAAUGAUGAUUGUAGUAAGUUGGGCCAUUUACGGUUGUCAAUGA